GAGUCUCUUCAUUAUCGACAGCCAUUUGGUUUUCUUAUAUACCCUUCUUACCCCGAAAAGCAAAUAGCCGAUAAUGGCAGCCAAUUUCUUCAGCAACAAAGCCCGGGCAGCGGCCGCGGCAGCGAGCAGUUCGAAACCGAAAACAGCGGACAAGGACAAGCAGCAGCAACAGCAGCAACCAUGGAUUGAGAAAUACCGUCCCAGAACACUCGACGAUGUAGCAGCACAAGAACACACAACCAAUGUCCUACAAAGGACAUUACAAGCAUCCAACCUCCCACACAUGCUCUUCUACGGACCUCCGGGAACAGGCAAAACAUCCACCAUCCUCGCGCUCGCGAAAUCCCUCUUCGGACCAGCUCUGUAUCGCUCACGAAUUCUCGAACUCAACGCCUCCGACGAACGAGGCAUAACCGUUGUCCGGGACAAGAUUAAAAACUUCGCCCGAACCCAACUCUCCCACACAACAGGUCUGGACGCAGAAUAUCUCUCGAAACAUCCCUGUCCGCCGUUCAAAAUCAUCAUCCUUGACGAGGCAGAUAGCAUGACUCAGGAUGCGCAAUCGGCGCUCCGCCGCACCAUGGAAACGUACAGUCGCAUUACCCGGUUCUGUCUGGUUUGCAACUAUGUGACGCGGAUUAUCGAGCCAUUGGCGAGCCGGUGCAGCAAGUUCCGGUUCAAGGCUUUGGAUAAUACAGCUGCCGGGAAACGAUUGGAGUAUAUUGCUAAGGUAGAGGGGUUAAGGCUUGAUGAUGGCGUUAUUGAUAAGUUGAUCAGUUGCAGUGAUGGUGAUCUGAGACGGGCCAUUAUGUUUUUGCAGAGUGCAGCGCGGUUGGUCGGUCGUACAAGAGCAAAUGCUUCCGGUGAUGAUGAGGAUACGGAAAUGGCUGAUGCUGCUACGGAUAACAAUCCCUCUGAGAUGAUUACCGUGCGGACCAUUGAGGAGAUCGCCGGUGUGGUUCCGGAGGGUAUUCUGGAUAGAUUGGUGGAGGCCAUGCAGCCUAAGAAGACGGGGAGUGCCUACGAAGCCGUCUCUGCUGCUGUCACUGAUGUGGUUGCGGAUGGAUGGAGUGCUACACAGUUACUCGGUCAGUUGUAUCGACGAAUUGUUUUCAAUGACACCAUAGCCGACCUCCAAAAGAACAGGAUCCUCUCUGUCUUCUCGGAAAUGGAUAAGAGAUUGGUCGACGGUGCUGACGAGCACCUCUCUAUUUUGGAUCUAGCACUUAGGAUAUCAGGCAUCCUAAGUGGGCAUUAGCAGACAUGGUUUCGUUAAUUGAAGAUGGUUAGUCUAAACUGUAUGAUAUCCUUCUAUUCACCUACCUACCCUGUCAUGAAUAUGUAAUUCCCAAGUACAAAAUAAUAUCUACCGUUCUAUGCAGAGGACAGGAAAAGGAAUGAAGAUAGA